AGCAGAAAGGAGCAGGUCCACGCCUUCUUUUCUCCCCCCCCCCCUACACACAACACAACACAGGGGGGAAUAAAGUGCACAGAGUGUGUGUUGUGUGCAGUGAGAAGCAGAGGACCGGCGGCUCCAUCCACACGUCGAUCCGCUCAUGUCCCGUCACUCAGACUCCAUCGUGCACUCAUGAUGCGCUACUCAAGCUGGCUGAUCGGCGUGAAACACAGAGCGAGCCUGCGAAAUGGUUGUAAACCAGCGGCGCACACGGACUGUGGGAACAGAGGGCACCAUGGGGAGGCGAAGAUCAACAACCCGGAGCACAUCAUCCACAUCUGGAAGAGAGGCUACAAAACGAUCAAGAAAAUCGGGGAGGGCACUUUUUCAGAGGUGCUGAAAACCCAGAGCCUGAAAGAUGGGAAGUUCUACGCAUGUAAAACCAUGAAGCAGACGAUUAACAGUCUGGAACAGGCGAACAACCUGCGGGAGGUCCAGGCGAUGAAGAGACUGAGCCCUCAUGCAAAUAUCAUCCAGCUGCAUGAACUGAUUUUUGACAAAGAAACUGGGACAGUGCAUCUGAUUUGUGAGCUGAUGGAGAUGAACAUCUAUGAGUUCAUACUAGGGAGACAUACUCCACUGCCGGACCACACAGUAAAGAAUUACAUGUACCAGUUGUGCAAAUCACUUGAACAUAUGCACAGCUGUGGGAUCUUUCACAGAGACGUGAAGCCAGAAAACAUUCUCAUCAAACAUAACGUCCUGAAGCUCGGGGACUUUGGCUCCUGUCGGAGCGUGUACUCUAAGCCUCCGCACACCGAGUACAUCUCCACGCGCUGGUACAGAGCCCCAGAGUGCCUCCUCACUGACGGAUACUACAGCCUGAAGAUGGACAUCUGGAGCGUUGGCUGUGUCUUCUUCGAGAUCAUGAACUUGAAUCCACUCUUCCCUGGAGCAAAUGAGUUGGACCAAGUUACCAAGAUCCACGACGUGCUGGGAACGCCAGACCAAGAUCUUCUCCAAAAGUUCAAGAAGUCUAAAGCGAUGCACUUCAACUUCCCUCCGAAAAAAGGCACAGGUAUCUCCCGAUUGAUCCCUAACUGCCCGGCCCCGGCUCUGUCGCUGCUCUAUCAGAUGCUCGCAUACGACCCCAAUGAACGCAUCUCCGCAGAAACAGCCCUGCGGCACACAUACUUCAGAGAAGCCCGGCUGGCAGAGAAGAAUGGCGAGUCUCUCCACGGAGUUUCUGGGGCGAUAGAUGGAGAAGAGAGUGGGACACACGGCUUCAUGGACCAUGUCUGUCGCUCGAGCAAACUUGGCAAACAGCUGAGGGGAAGACACGUACGGCAAACCCCUUUAAUGAGUCACAACAUGAAGUAUGUAGCAGACCCCCUAAUCAAACGCAACAUCCCUCAUUACUCCACAGAGCUGCCCAAGAUCAACAUGGUCGCACCGCGUCCACAGAUCCCCUUCCCCGCGUCCACCAUGCCUGCGUUCACCGUCACUCACCGAGGCACACUGCCAGCCCUCACGUCCAAGAAGUGCCAGUCACUGUUGACCAAGCCCCGGGAUGAGUCACACCACGCAGCUUUGAAGACCUACUGCAUGCCACCUCUGGACAGGAAACACCGAGGCUACUGAGCCCAAAACACGUCAGCUUCAGAUUUAAACUCUGAGCCUCUUACUGUACUGAGGAAACGGAGGACAGUGUUUGGACGACCCUGAUGUUGAGAUGUGUAAAGCAACGCCAAGAUGUUUGAGAAAGAUAUGCAACGAAGAACGAGUCCGUCAACUUACCAAUAACGACACCGAACUAUUCAGUGUAAUCUCUACACAGACGGUACUAGACUAUUAUGUUGGACUGAGGAUGAGUUUGUUUAGUUUCACUCAACCCCGUCAGGUCAUUCAUGUUUACAGCUGUGGACACUUCAAACUAAGCCUCUUACACAAGCGAAGCAAUAAGAUAUUUGACAAUAAGUAAAAGGAACUUAAAGGUCCAGUGUGUAAGAUUCAGGUCAACGGGAUCUAUUGGCAGAAAUUGAAUAUAAAAUAAUCCUAGUGAUGUUUUCACUAGUGUGUUUCAUCUAAAUUGUACAAAUUGUUUUCUUUA